CCUUCUCCUCUUCUACCCUCUCUUUUUUUUUUCCUUCCUCCUCCUCCUCUCCCGCUUUUUUUUUUUUUUAUUUCUCGUUUAGCCGAUCUCCUCACAUCCUCUUCCCGCAAUCUCAGCCGCAGAUCUGCGUCCAGUAACCUCUCUCCUUUUUCCGGAGAUCCGCAAUUGUGGAGAUUUGACGUUUCGUUUUUGAUUUUUCUCUUUUCGAGAUUCGCUUCCCAUGUCGGACUCUCACCAACAACCCGAGAGGAAUCAACCUUAUAAUCGGCAGCAUCACCCUUCCGUGGCUUCUAUGAAGCCUCCGUUAGUUGCUCCCGGCGAGUAUCACCGCUUCGACUCGGCGGAGACGCACGGAGGCGGAGGUGGUCCUGAUCAGGUUUCCGAGGAAAUUGUCAUUAAGUCUUCCCUGAAGCGUAAGACAGAUUUGGUAGAUGAGCCCAUUGAAUUUAAUACCGGUGUUCUCCAGACACCUGUACCAGGGAAAGGAGGGAAGGCCAAGAAAUCAUCUAGGUCGUAUGUCAAGUCUAACGCAGGUUCUCCUGGAAAUAACUUGGCACAGGCUGGUGCUUGUCGAUAUGAUAGUUCGCUAGCUCUUUUGACAAAGAAAUUUAUCAAUCUGAUAAAGCAAGCAGAGGAUGGUAUUCUUGAUCUGAAUAAAGCAGCUGAUACUUUAGAGGUACAAAAGAGGCGGAUAUACGAUAUAACCAAUGUGUUAGAAGGAAUAGGUUUGAUAGAGAAGACACUCAAAAACAGAAUUAAGUGGAAGGGUCUCGAUGUCUCAAACCCAGGCGAGACAAUGGAAAACAUAGCUAACCUACAGGAUGAAUUACAAAACCUUGCAUUUGAGGAGGCAAAAUUGGAUGACCAGAUCAGAGAAUCACAAGAAAGAUUAACAAGCUUGAGCGAGGAUGAAAACAAUAAAAGGCUUCUGUUUGUUACCGAAGACGACAUUAAGAACCUACCAUGCUUCCAGAAUAGCACGCUGAUCGCUGUAAAGGCACCGCAUGGAACAACUCUUGAGGUGCCAGAUCCUGAUGAGGCUGGUGGUUAUCCUCAGAGGAGAUAUAGAAUAAUUUUGAGAAGCACAAUGGGACCAAUAGACGUGUACCUCGUUAGUCAAUUCGAAGAGACAUUCGAAGACAUUCCUAAUGCUGAUGAACCUUCAAAUGUUCCAUCAACGUCUGGUCUCCCUGAUAACCAAGAUGUAUCCAUGCCAAUGAAAGAGGACAUCACUGUCAAAAACAUGGAAACACAGGAAGUUGAUGAUACACACAGAGUUUCCUCCGACGUCGAAUCUCAUGACUUUGUUGAUGGUAUCAUGAAGAUUGUUCCUCCAGAUUUGGAUAUGGAUGUUGAUUACUGGCUUCGAUCAGAGGUAGGGGAAGUCAGCAUCACAGACAUGUGGCCAAACGAAUCUGGACCGAACUGGAACCAGAUGGUUUCAUUUAAUCAAGGUGCUGGACCGAGCAACACAACCAUGGAACAGGCACAAACUCUAUCGAGCCCAACACCAGAACAAUCCACUGCUACGAGAUCGACAAGUAGCUGAAGUUACCUUACUACAUUACAAGCACCACCACAUAUCUGUAUAUCCAUAGUUGUGUUGUACUUGUAUAGUAGCUGGCUGCAUGCGUUAUCAUAGAAUUAAUUAGACAUUGCAAAAUAAAACUUGAGAAAGCAACCCUCUGUUUUUUUUUUCAUUUUUAGCGUAUCGGUUCAUGUAGAUUAGCCUUAACCCAUUAAAUUUCUUAAGAUUCGUCUUAUUCGAGUGAAAAUGCCAAACUUUGAAGUGAUUUUAA